CAUAUUUUGGAUGUUUUCUCACUCCCACACCACACACUUGACUCGCACUGUAUCCACGGCCAUGGCGGCCGCGCUCUCGCCGCCGCUCCUCCUCCUCGCGGUCCUCCUCCUGACCACCGCCGGCACAAUCCAAUGCCACGGGUACAAGCGCCACCACCACCACCAGACCGACGGAACCAGGAGGCCCAACAAGGCUGCCGCCGCGGACGGUAGGCCACCGGCCGACACCGCUCACCACGCCAUCUGCCAGAAGACCCCGCACCCGGUCUCCUGCCUCGCGGCCGUGGCCUCGCACCUCGACGCCGUCGCCAGCGCGAGCGCGAAGGCGGCCGAGGCGUCCGCUGUUUCUGUACAGCUCCUCCCGGCGAACGUGCUCUCCGUCGCGCUCGCCUCCCUCCGUGGCGCGGCCUCGGCGCUGUCCUCGCUCUCCCCCGCCGUCUCCACGCUCUCCGCGCCGUCCGCCUCCCCCGCGGGCGCCCCGCUCCGCCGCGGCGCCGCGCAGGACUGCCAGGAGCUCCACGCCGCGUCGCUGUCCUCGCUCUCGCGGUCGGCCUCGCUGCUCGCGGCACCCGGCGAGGGCCUCCCCGCCGUGCGCGCGCACCUCGCGGCCGCGCUCGCCAACAAGGCCACCUGCCUCGACGGGCUCGCCGGCGCGUCGGCCGGCCUGGGGGUGGCCGGCCUCAUCGCGUCCCUCGACGACGCGUACGAGCACGUCUCCAACUCGCUCGCCCUCGUCGCCCGGGGCGGCGGCGUGUCGGCCGCCGGCUUCGCGAACGCCGUGGCCAAGGCAGUUCACAACCGGCGGCUGCUCCAGGAUGACGACGACGACGGCGACAGCGUGGACGAUGACAGCAGCAACAACGGCGACGGUGACCGUGGGAACGCCGACCAGCCGGCGGCCACGGUGAUCACGGUGGCCAAGGACGGGACGGGGAACUUCCGGACGGUGGGGGAGGCGGUGGCGGCGGCGCCGAACAACAGCCGGGCGAGGACGGUGAUCCGGGUGAAGGCCGGGAUGUACGAGGAGAACGUGGAGGUGCCGCCGUACAAGACGAACAUCGCCCUCGUCGGCGAGGGCCGCGACACGACGGUCAUCACCGGCAGCCGCAGCGCCGCCGGCGGCUGGACCACCUUCCGCACGGCCACCUUCGGCGUCUCCGGCGAGGGCUUCCUGGCGCGCGACGUCACGUUCCGCAACACGGCGGGCGCGGGCGCGGGCCAGGCGGUGGCGCUGCGCGUGAACGCGGACCUGGCCGCCACGUACCGGUGCGGCGUGGAGGCGCACCAGGACGCGCUGUACGCGCACUCGUUCCGCCAGUUCUACCGCGAGUGCGCCGUCUCCGGCACCGUCGACGUCGUCUUCGGCGACGCCGCUGCCGUGCUGCAGGGCUGCGCGCUCCUUGCCAGGGCGCCGCUGCCCGGCCAGUCCGUCGUGCUCACCGCGCAGGGCCGGGGCGACCCCAACGAGGACACCGGCAUCGCCGUGCACAACUGCACGGUCGCGGCGGCGGCGCCCCUGCCCGCCGGCACGCGCACGUUCCUGGGCCGGCCGUGGGGCGCGUACGCGCGCGCCGCGGUGAUGGACUCCUACCUGGGCCAGAUCGUGGACCGGGAAGGGUGGGCCGAGUGGCCCGGCGCCGAGCCCGGCCGCGGGGACACCGUGUUCUUCGGCGAGUACGGGAACGGCGGGCCGGGCGCGGACACGGAGGGGCGCGUGAGCUGGGCCGGCGUGCGCCAGAUGGACUACGACGAGGCGGCCCAGUUCGCCGUCGAGAACUUCAUCUACGGCGACGAGUGGCUCGGCGCCACCUCCUUCCCCUACGACGACGACGUCUGAAUUAACCUUGCUGUGUAAAAUCUCAAGAACGCAACUGUUAAUUACAAGUUACUGUGUACCUUAUGCUUACCCAUCAGGGGUCAGUAAGUUUUGCUUGUGUUUCAGUGCAGUGGAAAUGUGGAAUUGGAAUGGCUUCCUGUUCUGAUCUGGAAUGUUUUGUUCUGUUGGAGAGCAUCUCUCAUUCUGAAUUGUAAAUUUUCCUUUUUCAUU